AUGCUGAUAAGAAAAAGUUUCAUGGUAGAGAUGGCCCCUAAAUUGACAGGUCCGGCUCUGUUCUUAACAAACACUUCUUUGCUGGCUAAACGACUCCUCAAUGGCGAGUUAGAACCUAAAAAGAUUUUGAACAUGUCACCCACUGAGUUAAAGGUGGGUCUAACAAAUGAGGAAACAGCGAAAAAUGAGCUUGAUGAUGCGAAACGAAUGCUGAUGAGUAAUGUAAGAUGCUCGAGAUGCAGUCAAAUUAAAAUUGGCCUGAGGGAUAUCUUUCAAACUGGGCAUGGAGAUCGCUAUCAGCUGGAGUGUGUUGCCUGUGUAAAUUCCUCGUAUGCCUCAAGGGAUGAGAUAUCAAUUCUAGAUAUAGACACUAAACUACCUUCCCGAAGUACAAGGAGUGAGGACGUUGAAAAUAAUUUAACCAGUCCUUGA